AUGAAGCUCGACACUCUCACACCACCACAUCGACUCCCUGAAAAAUCUGAAGGAUUUUUGGGGCUUCCACUUUUCAAACGCCUAUCGACAAUUCAAGCUACUCCAGAACCGCAGGAUUAUUGCACCAGAUUAAUCUUGAACGGUUGUCGACGAUGUUCCCGGGAAUUUGGAGCUUUUCUUCCUAACAGCAUUUAUACCGGAGAUGGCCUGGCUCUCUUGCCGCUAUUCCAAUUCGUCUGUCUCUGGUUGUGUUUUAUUGCCCUCUGCGAGGUCAUUUGA